AUGCAGUCAUUGACUUUUGGCCAUAACUUCAGCCAGAGCUUGGACAACGUCAUGCUGCCAGGCAGCCUAGAGUCGUUGACGCUUGGCAAUGAGCGCCCGAGCUUCUUCGGCUGGAGUUCACACCAAAGCUUGGACAACGUGAUGCUGCCCGGCGGCCUGCAAUCAUUAACGUUUGGCCACCACUUCAAUCAGAGCUUGGACCAGGUCACGCUCCCUCGUGGCCUGCAGUCAUUGACCUUUGGCCAUAACUUCGACCAAAGCUUGGAAAACGUCACGCUGCCAGGCAGCUUGCUGUCAUUGACCUUUGGCUACAAUUUCAAUCAGGGCUUGGACAAAGUCACACUGCCAAGCGGCCUGAAGUCAUUGACGUUUGGCAGUUCGUUCAACCAGAGCUUGGACAACGUAACGCUGCCCGGUGCCCUGAAGUCAUUGACGUUUGGCCACAAGUUCAGCCAGAGCUUGGACAAUGUCGUGCUGCCAGGCAGCCUGCAGUCAUUGAGCUUAGGACACUAUUUCAAUCAGAGCUUGGACAACAUCACACUGCCACAUGGCCUGCAGUCAUUGACCUUUGGCGACGGUUUCAAGCAGAGGUUGGACAACGUCACACUGCCAAGCGGCCUGCAGUCAUUGACGUUUGGCAGUUCGUUCAACCAGAGCUUGGACAACGUCACGCUGCCAGGAACACUGCAGUCUUUGACCUUUAGCCAUGAGUUCAACCAAAGCUUGGAUAACAUCACGCUGCCAGGUGGCCUGCAGUCAUUGACUUUUGGCCAUAACUUCAACCAAAGCUUGGACAACGUCGCGCUGCCCGGCAGCCUGAAGUCACUGACCUUUGGCUACAACUUCAAUCAAGGCUUGGACAAUGUCACGCUGCCCGGCGGCCUGCAGUCAUUAACCUUUGGCCACGAUUUCAACCAGAGCAUGGACAACGUCAAGCUGCCCGGCGGCCUGCAGGCAUUGACUUUCGGCUGGUACUUCAACCAAAGGCUGGACGACGUCACGCUGCCAGAUGGCCUGCAGUCGUUGAUCUUUGGCUGGUCGUUCAACCAAAGCUUGGACAACGUCACGCUGCCCGGCGGCUUGCAGUCAAUGAGCUUUGGUAACAGUUUCAAGCAGAGGUUGGACAACGUCAUUCUGCCAUGCGGCCUGCGCUCGUUGACCAAUUUUCAUCCCCAUAUAGAGCGCCUGAGCAUGUUCUUGUAA